AUGUCGGCCGCCACUGCUAAGAUGGCGGCGACUGGAUAUGAUCGCGACGUUGCUGUCAAGGUGGCGGAGGAAAACUACAGUCUUCAGAAGAGACUUGCGCGAAUGGAGAGGGAAGAACAGCAGCAGAGGCGGGCGGCCGACUACGACUCUCGCUUUGAGGGCACUGCUGACACAAUCGCCAACGAUAGGAUGCGGCGCCGAAACAACGCACUUCAGGAUGAAAUUGCUGAGCUGGAGAGCCAGCUGAGGGAGCUGCAGAUGAUCAAUAUCAUCGACCUGCAGCAUGAGUACACUCGUCUAGAUAACCGCCGUGCAUACCUUCUGAACGAACUUGCCGGCCUCCGACGCAUUCUUGCUAAUCAGAGCAAAGAUGUGAAGCGAGCCACUCGGACGGUCAACAGUCAGCACGAGCUCCGUCGCCAAAACAGCGUGGAGCAUGCCUCAUCCAUCGAGGACAUUCAAAUGUUCAGAGAGAAGAGGGAGUCACUAGCCAAGGAAAUCCAACACUUGAUCGCAAAGGAGCGCCACUUAAAGUCAAAACUUGAGACGCUUCCCGCACCAGGGGAGGAUCACGAGGUCGUGGCUAGCCACCUCAGGGAGGAUAACGAAAAGAAGGACCACACCAUUGCGCGACUGGAGGCGACCCUAAAGGAAGAGCAGCAGAAAGCAGGCGCCCAGCUCGCUGAGGCGAACUCCUCUGAUGAUAUUCAACGCCUGCGAGAGGAGUAUGUCCAGUUGAACGACCAGCUCAGGCGCAGCAAGCGGUAA